CUCUCCGUCCCCACUCCCCCUUUCCCCUUCCUUCCUUCACCGACACCCACCCUUUCCCCUUCCCUCCUUCACCGACACCCACCCUUCCCCUUCCCAUUAUUUUCCCGCUUUCUUCUCCAUUCCCAUUUCACCAUUCUUCCUCUGAGCGCCAUGGAUUCCCCCUCCAAUGGCGUCUCUCUCUUUUGCCUCUUUCUCACUCUUCUCUCCCUUUCCCCCUUCUCCUCCGCCGCCCUUCGCCGUAACCCACUUCCCAAAUCCCCUUCAUCCACCUCCACCGCCGCUUCUCAGAUCAAUUCCAACUCCAUCCUCGUUGCCCUUCUUGAUUCCCACUACACCGAACUUGCAGAGCUCGUCGAGAAAGCCCUCUUGCUCCAAACCCUUGAGGACGCCGUUGGGAAAUAUAAUCUCACUAUCUUUGCACCGAGGAAUGAAGCUCUGGAACGGGAAUUGGACCCUGAGUUUAAGCGAUUCCUUCUUGAACCACGGAAUUUGAAAUCGCUUCAAACCCUUUUGAUGUCCCACAUUGUUCCUAAACGAGUUGGGUUUAAUCAGUGGUUUGAACGGAAUCGUGGUUCGAGUCCGAUUCGACAUCGGACAUUGGGGGAUUCCCAUUUGGAUUUGAAGAAUUCUGAUUCCGGUAAGAUAAUUGUUGGUUCGGCUGAGAUUGUUCGUCCCGAUGAUGUUGUUCGUCCUGAUGGUGUAAUCCAUGGAAUCGAACGGCUGUUGAUUCCCCGUUCUGUGCAAGAGGAUUUCAACCGUCGGAGAAAUUUGCAAUCGAUUUCCGCCGUUUUGCCGGAAGGUGCACCGGAAGUCGACCCACGAACUCACCGGUUGAAGAAGCCAGCUCCACCAGUCCCCGCCGGAGCAUCUCCCGUUUUACCAAUCUACGACGCUUUAGCUCCAGGCCCUUCUAUCGCUCCGGCGCCGGCUCCUGGCCCCGGAGGACCCCACCACCACUUCGACGGGGAGCGGCAAGUCAAGGAUUUCAUCCAAACGUUGCUACAUUACGGCGGCUACAACGAGAUGGCUGACAUUUUAGUGAAUUUGACGUCUCUAGCUACAGAGAUGGGGAGAUUAGUCUCUGAAGGCUAUGUUCUUACAGUUCUCGCUCCAAAUGACGAAGCGAUGGCGAAGCUUACGACCGAUCAACUGAGCGAACCCGGGGCGCCAGAGCAGAUCAUAUACUACCAUGUAAUCCCAGAGUACCAAACAGAGGAGAGUAUGUACAAUGCGGUUCGGCGAUUUGGGAAAGUUCGAUACCAAACGCUUCGGCUGCCACACGCCGUCACGGCGCAGGAGGCCGAUGGGUCGGUGAAAUUCGGGCAGGGAGAAGGCUCUGCUUAUCUGUUUGAUCCUGAUAUAUACACAGAUGGUCGGAUUUCAGUGCAGGGGAUUGAUGGAGUUCUGUUUCCCUUGGAGGAGGACAAAGCUUCAGAGAAGAAAUCAAAUUCAGCUCUUAAAGUUGCCACUAAACCAAGAAGAGGGAAGCUGAUGGAACUUACUUGUAGUAUGCUUGGAGCCUUUGGACAGGACUCUCAUUUCUCUUCAUGCCAAUGAAAAAUAAAGCUACCCAACUUCAUACCCAAAACAAGAAAAAUAAAGUCAAAAGGAUAAUCAUUUACACGGGUGCUAUAAAAUGGGGCUGUGUGUAAAGAUGAUUGGGGAGCAAGAAAAAUCUAGAAAUUUUCUCGAGAAAAUCCGCAGAGGAUAAAUUUGAGUUUUUUUUCUUUUUACAAUGUUAGGAAUACACUGUAAUUACAUAUUUUUUUUUCUUUUUUUUAAAUUUUUAUUUUUUUGGGGUUAAUAUUUUUCUGUCCAUUAUUUAUGCAUGUUUGAUUCACUGCCAAUGUAUGCAUUGAAAAUAUCAUUGUAAAAAACUGUCUGCCUUUCUAUGUCUUCCUCUCUUUACCAAUA